AUGUCCAUAAUCGUACUAAUUGGAGGAGGACAUGCUUCAGGGAAGACCACAGCUGCAGAUCUACUCAAAAUUGAAGUCACCAAAACCUUUCCUGAGUUGUCAGUCAAAUUAAUUGAUAUGGAUAAUUAUUUAAUUCCAGGAAUGAUUAAUGAAAGUAGAUAUUCAUCAUCAAAAUCCACCGCCAUUACAGUAUCUAAUGAAGUAUUCCAACCUUUAAAACCAUCAAGAUUUGAUUUCAAACAAUUGAAAGAUGAUUUGACCCAAGACGAAACUCAAUUGGUUAUUGUUCAUGGAUUAUAUGCCCUUUAUGAUAAAGAAAUUCGAGACUUAUCCAAAUUCAAGAUCUUUAUUAGCAGUGAUGCUGAUACUAGAUUAAUUAGAUGGAUCCGUAGAGAUGUUACUAGUGGGAACUGUAGUUUAGAAACAGUGAUAAAUAAAUACUUACAAGGAGCUAGAGCUGAGAUGAAUGAUUUCAUUAAUCCUACAAAAGAAUUCAGUGAUGUUAUAAUGCCUACAGGAGCUGAAGCUAAUGCAGUAGGAUUAAUUGUUGAUGGAAUAUCACCAUAUGUAGGUAAACAAUCCCAUUAUUCUGUUCCUGUUUAUCAUGAAGAGAAAAAAUCUUUCUAUGAGUUAAACUAA